GGCCACGCGGGGCCGUUCUGAUUCCUCCAACAUCUCAUUUUCAUUCUUUGAUGAUAUUUGUUCACAUACAGCUUACACAUAAAAGUAAACAUUUCCAGCAAAGUGCUCCAGAUUCCUUUUUUAGAAAUCUGAAUCCACAUGAAAACAAUGGCAACAAGAAAAAGGCGUAAACUUUCCAGAACACGCUCAGAUUUUGAAUAUGUGAUAAAGAGGUUAUUGUGAGUCCGAACUUUUCACACAAGAACUGGAGGAGAUGUAACAGGAAUAAUAAACAGAGGAACGCUGGCUAAUGCAGAGCAGAUGGCCAUGCAGGGCAGUGCUAAGCAUUUCAAUGUCUUCUCCUUGGACCUUUGGACUCAAGAUGGCUGAGUGCCUGUUUCUUUAGCUAAAAAUAAAGUUCAUGCACUUGGGAAAACCACAAUUGUGACUGGUUUGAUUUAUGGGGUGGUUGGUAGACUAAAGUUUUCGAGAAUCUACUAUGUGACAGGCAUUUGGCAUACACAAUCAAAUUUAAUCCUGACCACAACUCCAUUUUCUAGAUGA